AACAAUUUCUCAACCUCUUAAACACCUGUUUGACAACAUGCGGAGCGUAUAAAAGCAGCAGGAAUUAGUUUGGUCUGCCAUAAAUGACAACAAGCUGGAUUUGAAUAGGGAUGCUGCCAACACGUCAUCGUGUGAUGCUCAAACACAUUCACACCUCAUCUUCUGGUCCUCCAGCAGACUCUACCUUCUUGUCGCUCCAGCAGCCCUCGUUGUCUGCCUGAACUCUCACCCUGGUGGUCGGGAAAUGUCAAAGAGAGGCCCGUGCCGCAGCAAGGGGGCGUUACGGGGGAAAAACAAUUGCCUUUAUUGUUAUAUUUUCACGCAAUUCGCCUUUUCUUAGUCUCGCCGCUGGAAUAAGCCUGAAAAACGAGCCGCGCGCGCGCCGAGCGACCGCCGGUGUAGCAUCCGCCGUGGACUGCUGUUCGCAUCCUUCAUCUGUCUCGCCUCGUAUUGCAAUCAUUGCCAAACAUGAGAAAUGAAACGUUUGUGCACUGGGACUGGAUGCUUUCACCAGCACAACCCACUUCCGCCAUGACACCCAGCAGAGGAUUCUGGGAUUGACGCAAGCAUCACUCCCACUGAUGGCCUGGACCAGGUUUCAGCUGUCCUGCUGAAGCUAUGGGGAGCUGCUGGAGCUGUCUAUACAGAGACGCCAUCCAAGACAACCAUCUUAACAAAUUCAAGGUGACUAAUGUGGACGAUGAGGGAAAUGAGUUGGGCUCAGGAACAAUGGAGCUCACGCAGACUGAGCUCAUUCUGCACACACGCAAACGGGACGCCAUCCGGUGGCCGUACCUGUGCCUGCGUCGAUACGGCUAUGAUUCCAACCUCUUCUCUUUCGAGAGCGGCCGCCGUUGUCAGACAGGACAAGGGAUCUUUGCAUUCAAGUGCUCUCGUGCAGAAGAGAUCUUCAACCUGCUGCAGGAGUUGAUGCAGUGUAACAGCAUCAACGUGGUGGAAGAGCCCAUGAUCAUGACCCGACCCGGCCACGCACCAGAGAUGGACAUGCCUCGAACUCCACAGACACCCAAUACCCCUGCCUUCCCGAUGCAGGGUUUUCCUAAUGGAUACCCAGGAUACCCAAUCAGUGCAGACUCAUCGCAGCCCUCUCUCACCAACGACCACAGACACAGCCUCAUGGGACUCGAUGACCAAACCCAUACAUACGUGAAUACGGUCGGGAUGGAAACUGACCUGUCAAGCCGCCACUGUGUCCACUCCCUGCCCGAAGUGCGGCCUGCCACCUACCCAGAAGCCACAACCACCACCACCACCAUACGUGGGGGCCCGAUCCCAGGCCAGCCCGGCAUGCACUGCUGCCCGCUGGACGACCCUCACAAAGACCCUCAGGUCUUCCUCCAGCCCGGAGCCCAGGAGGUGAAGUUCAUGCUGGGCCCGACCCCAGCACAGCGCCACCUAAUGGAAAGAGACAGAGAGCGCCACGUCCCUCACUCGCUCCGAGCGCCAGACGGCAGCUCUGAAACCGAAGGGGAGGAGACUCCUCCUGUACACAUGUGCAACACACACUCCUACCACCAUUGCCAUCACCUGAUGCACAGACACCCCAGCAUGGAGCCGUGUCCGGAGAGCCAGCUGACCUAUGAGAACAUCAACGGACUCAGAGGGGCACGGAGGCAAAGGCUCAGUCCUAGCACCGUGUCUCAGUCUCAGUCUUUGGGCUCCAGUAGCAGCAGCAGCACCACGGGCGACUCACGCACACACACGCAUCCACACUCACUCCCACUCACACACACACACACUUCCUCACUGCCUCCGCAGGGAUACGGCUGUGACCGAGGAAUGGUGGCCGCCGGUCAUCGGCGCACAGCAUUGCUCAACUACGAAAACCUUCCGUCGCUCCCUCCAGUUUGGGAAUACCGUGCACUCCAGCGGGAGGAAGAAGAGGAUCAGGAUGAGGACGAGGAUGAGGACGAAUAUGAGGAGGAAGAGGAAGAAGAGUAUGAUGAGUAUGAGUAUUCAGAAGGGCCCGCUACCCCUAACGGAUAUCAUCAGGAGAGCGGCGGUGGCGGGAUUCAUCGAGACGCUCUGCAGAACUACGUCAACACUGAACAGCUACCACCUCCUACACGUCUCCGUCAUGCUUGCCCUCCUCACCCUCACCCACCUGAGAGGGCCAACCGAGUUUUCAACUUUGACUUCAGACGUCAGCGAGCAGGACGUGGCAGCAGCAUCUGCGAGCAGCACAGUCGUCACCCGCCUCCACCUCCCUCUCGACAGCUCAACUACAUCCAGGUGGACCUGGAGGGGGAACCCUCCGGAUGUUCGGGACACAGCGGCGGCGCUCCGGUACCACAGAGACCUCCACCCCUCAAACGGGGCAUGGCAGCCGCCGCAGCGCCUCCAUCAUCCCGCAGAGGAGAGUGUUACGCAGUGAUUGACCUAAAGAAAACUGCAGCCAUGUCCAACCUCCAGAAGGCUCUCCCUCGGGAUGACGGCACCUCGCGGAAAACACGCCACAACAGCACCGACUUGCCUCUGUGAGAGGGAAAAACAGGGACAGAGAGAGCUACAGGUACGCCAGGAAUUAAAAAAAAAAAUGAGGGAAAAUAUGUUCACGAAAGAGAGUUCUGGUGGUGUUUUCCUCCCACCAUUAUAGUGAAGCCUCUAUUUUCUCAUUUUCUACACUCAUACCAACUGCUGCUUGAUGAAAUAGUAACUCGAUUGAUCUGAGCACUGAGCAUUUUAUUUUAUUUUUUCUCACUUUUUGCGUGGGAAGGUCGGGAGAUAAUAGUUAAGUACUUAUUAUCAACAUGGUUUUUGGCUGCUGACUGGGAUUAGGGCCAAAGAAUUGGGUUCGGGACAAAAAUACUUCAUUCAGGAAACAAUCAACAGUGUCUUAUGCUUGAUUUUAGAUUUGAUUCCUUUAUGGUUUGUUGAUUAUUUAAAGGGAUAGUUCACUCGAAAAUAAAAAUAGCAAUCUGCAAGAUGAUGGAAAACAAAAUCUAUUUUGAAUGAAGAGCAUGAGUAGAGGCUUUUUAGAUUUAGGCUGUUCCUUUACAUUCCAGGAUAUCAGCAUAAUAUUUCGACACUUGAGCAGAACAGACUUGAAUCCACCAUAAGUGUUUCAUAAUUAUCAAAAGUUUUCAUCUAACUGAAGACAAAGUCCUCAACGUGAUGAAGAAGCUGCAGCGGUUUCUCUCAUGUUGUUAGUUUGAGUUUUCAUAUGUAGCUAUGUAGAGGCUGCGAUAAAGGUGAAGAGAGCUGUGCUUGUUCAGUUUUUGAAUGCCUCUUGAUUCUCCAACGCUCAGGAAUUGAUUCGGUCAAUUCAUUUUGCACUUACCUUUCUCUAAUUGUAACUGAGCCUCCCCUAAUUUCAUGAUUCCCAUAUAAAGCAUGGCAAAGUUUACAUUAUUAAAAGUAAUUCAAAAUGCCAUCCAUAACAUCUUUAUGGGUUUGCGGUGGUUUUUGGAUGAAUAAUUUGAUGUUUUUGAAUCUAAGAACAAGACUUUGACCCAGACUAAGUAUUAUUCUGAAAUGUGCUUAUUUUGUUCAGUAUCUGCUCAAGCACCAUUGCCUUUUUUUGCUUAUUCCAUCUCUUUUCAGUUAUAAUUUCCCAUCGUCCCAAAAAAUUGAGUACUAAAGGGUCAAAAAGGAAAGAAGUUUAAAACUCUUUCAUUGACAUAAAUAUCAAUUAUUUUCAUUGAAAAAAUAUAAACAAUUUAUUUGUAGGCUGUUCAAGUGGUACGUAAAUAAAAAUAUGUUAUUCUCACAUCCCUAAAGUCAUAAUAUACCCGAGAGUGACAAUUCUCUGUGAAUCCAAGAGUGUAUUUAUGUACAUCUAUGUUUUGUAAAGCUUCGUAAAGCACCAUAUGCAUAUUAUUCAGAGGUGAGAAUGUUAAUUAUUUUUUUAUAUCGUGAAAAAAAUCAUGCCAGGAAUCAUGAGGCAAAACAUAUUUAUAUUUAAUUUAGAAUUAUUUAUUUAUGUAGCUGUCUGUCUGUUACUUAAUUUAUUUAUUGUUUUGUAUUCCAAUCAUUUGUAGUAGAUAAUAUGUCGUCACUUGUUUUAGAGAUACCAAAGGUGAGACCACAGAAUCUACCUUGGUAUAAUUUAUCGUCUUUUUUGAACUGCGGUUCAUGUUGAAUAAUAACUGUAUUUAAACAUAUUGUGCCAAAAAUUAUAAUGAUAUUGAACUAUGUGCCAUUGGUAAAUGUUGAAUUUUAGGGCUAACAAUCAGCAAAAUGUAAAACACACACAUAAAUGCAGCUGUUCUUUACAAUUUCAUCACAAUCGGUUCAGGGCUUGAAAAUAUUUUGUCUACAAGUACACAGAAAACCAGACAAGUCAAUGCAUUACCAGUGAAAUCCCACUGUGUUUAGUUCAAUUAGUUAUUUUGUUAGUUGUCUUCAUCAGAAUUUCAUAAAUCAGCUAUUUUUAUAACACAGAUAGUGUUCUAAAAUGAUUAUACAUCUAUUUUGUUUUUCAGUCUUAACGUUUGCGUCUUACGCACGUUAACACAGCCCUAAAAAUGAAUUUAUUUCUCAGCAAUGAUACUGAUGUAGCUAUAUUAAGUUUCUUAAGUUGUUUAAAAUUUUGCUAGGAACCUCAACUCUUAUGAAAAUUUACCAUGGUUUUAUUAUAGUAAAGUGUGGUCACUAUGUUUUUGUUGCCAUUCAUGUGACCAUUUGGUAUUUGCAUGCAAAUACUAUUGUUAAACUUUUCCAGCAGGCACAAGACACUAACAUGAUGUCAAAUUCACGUUGUACCCCAACGUCGUGGGUUGUUUUUUUUAUUUUAUUCGGAAAUGAAAAUCCAGUUGACGUCAGAACCCAACAUCAGGCCGAUGUCAAUGUCCAACGUUAGACAGAGGCUGCAACCUAAAACCAACAAAAUAUCAACGUCUAAUGAUGCCACAGCUUGACAUUGUGUGGAUGUUACCACUAUGACAUCUAUUAGAUGUUGGAUUUUGG